UAGCGGUGGGGCUGGGCCUUAAACCCACACGAUAGCAAAUCCCAAAUCCGAGUCUAGGGUUUUAUCGUCAGACUUUCGAUCAAUCAUUCCAAUCUCUCCGUUUGGCUUACACCAAAGAAAUCGAAGCGAAAAAUGUUUCCAGGAAUGUUUAUGCGUAAGCCCGACAAGGCCGCUGCUCUCAAGCAGCUCCGAUCUCACGUCGCUAUGUUCGGCGUCUGGGUUGCUGUAAUUCGAGUCACCCCCUAUGUUCUUCACUACCUUUCUGACGAGAAAGAAGAACUCAAGCUCGACUUUUAGCUCAUUCCCUAAAGUUUUUGACUUGAGCAUGUGGUGAAGGCUUGUCAAAUCACAACUUGUUUUCUUCUAUUGAUCUCAUGAGGAAAAAAAGGAAGGAGACUCGUCAUCCUUUUCAUUAUUUUUUAUUUUUACCUUUUCCAUUGGAUCAUAGGCAAAUGGUUAUUAUAGUUUGUGAUGAGACAUGAAACCGUUCCAUUUAAAACUCAGGUUGUUUGUGGGGCAGAUAAUGCAGGUUGCAUUAUAGUUAGUUGGUAGAAUGUGUUAAUGUGAGAGAUGACACUGGCCUUUUUAUCAGUCAAAGUUAAUUUUCUUUUCUAUGUUAAACUCCCACCAAUGAGAAUGAAUAUAUAUCCUUCAGUUA